CUUGAAGGCCAUACAGGCCAGGUAAAGUCAAUUGCUUUCACUCCUAAUGGAGUGCACGUUGUUUCCGGGUCUGAUGAAUUUACAGUCAGAAUUUGGGACGUUGAGAAAGGGCAGAUUAUUUCUGAAUUUAUUAAACAUGAUGACAUGGUCUAUUCAGUUGCAUUCUCACCGGACGGAAUGCAUCUUGUCUCCGGAUUGGCGGACAAGACUGUCAUGGUCUGGGGCACUGAGAGCAGACAGGCUGUCAAGUGUUUCAAGGGGCAUGUAGACAGUGGGCAUUCUGUUGCCGCAUUCUCUCUUGACGGACUGCACAUCGUCUCUAGUUUAAUGGACAAGACUAUUCGGAUCUGGGACGUUGAAAGUAGACAGACCAUUCGUGGCCAUCUCGUAGGUCACACAAACAGCAUUUGGUCGGUUGCCUUCUCUCCUGAUGGUGCACAUGUCUCCCCAGGCUCUGUGGACAACACGAUUCGGAUUUGGGACACUGAGAGCGGACAUGACAUUGCUGGGCCUUUCGAAGGUCAUACAGUCCAGGUCAUGUCAGUUACCUUCUCCCCGGACGGAACGCGUGUCGUCUCAUGUUCCAAUGACAGGACAACCCGAGUCUGGGACACAGAGAGUGAACAAGCUCUCCUUGGACCCUUUGAAGGGUAUACAGAUAAAGUCCUGUCUGUCGCAUUCUCAUCGGAUGGUAAACCUGUCGGCUCUGGCUCUGCAGAUUGUACAAUUAGAAUGUGGAAUGUAGAAGGUGCAACUACAACUUCCUUCUUACCUAGUGAUCAAUGUCUGACACUGUAUUCCUAA